GCCUCACCAUAAUUUUCCAUUUAACACACACCAAGAAAAGAAGUUCAUCAUGCCAUUCCUUUUAGUUAUUGGUGCAUCGAUUAUUGUUCAAUCUAUUCCAUUCUUUCUUCUGCUUGUUCCUAGUGUGUUAACAAAGUGUUGCAAGCGAAAAAAGAGAUUUAAUGGCCACAGCCAUUCAACAACAAUUUCUUCAACAACCGACGAACAUCCAAAUGGAUCAGAUUCUACUCCUAUAGAAAAAGUAGGAAAAGUUUCAACGUCAAAGUCGCCAAAAAAUGUGAACAACAAGAAGGGUCUUGUGGAAGUUAAGAAUCAGUCAAAGAAGACCGCAAAAUCUGGCCAGGCCAAUAGGAAUGAAGAAAAACCUUUAAAAAUUACACAAAUCAAAAUUCAACCAAAAAAGAAGAAAGUUAAAGAGCCAACACCUCCUUCAGUAAAAUUAACUGCUAACAAGCCAUUAAUUCAACAACGUAUAAUCGCUCUUAAUACUUCUGGUUCAAGAAUAACUCCAGUCUCUUCAAGUUCUUCCUCUGGCUCAAAAUCAAACAAAUCACUUAAACCUAGCUUGAUUAAACUUAAAGAACAGAGACGUGAAAAGUUUGCUUCAAUUAUGGAAGUGGAUGAAGAUUGGGAAGUAUCCAAGGAUGCAAAGGUUUUUUAAUACAGUUAGACCUCAUUUAAGAUACCUCGAAAACUGGGUACCCGAUGUAAGUAUAGGUUCGGAAUUUGAUUGGUCACUAGUUAUCAGAGGCCUAAAAAUC